AUGGGGUCAUGGGGUCAUGGGGUCAUGGGGUCAUGGGGUCAUGGGGUCAUGGGGUCAUGGGGUCAUGGGGUCAUGGGGUCAUGGGGUCAUGGGGUCAUGGGGUCAUGGGGUCAUGGGGUCAUGGGGUCAUGGGGUCAUGGGGUCAUGGGGUCAUGGGGUCAUGGGGUCAUGGGGUCAUGGGGUCAUGGGGUCAUGGGGUCAUGGGGUCAUGGGGUCAUGGGGUCAUGGGGUCAUGGGGUCAUGGGGUCAUGGGGUCAUGGGGUCAUGGGGUCAUGGGUCAUGGGGUCAUGGGGUCAUGGGGUCAUGGGGUCAUGGGGUCAUGGGGUCAUGGGGUCAUGGGGUCAUGGGUCAUGGGGUCAUGGGGUCAUGGGGCCAUGGGGUCAUGGGGUCAUGGGGUCAUGGGGUCAUGGGGUCAUCAGGUCAAUACAUAAUGAGGUCACUAUGUCUUCGGGUCAUAUGGUCAUGAGAAUAUUUCAUGGGAUCAUAGAGGCUAUUAGUCUAUGGGGACACUAUGUUAUGGAGACACUCAUGCGGUCACUAUAA